AUGAUUAGAGACUUUUAUAGGGACAAGACCCUUCUUAUUACUGGAACGACAGGCUUCCUUGGAAAGGUAGUCUUAGAGAAAUUUUUCAGAUCGCUUAGUGAAUUUAAAAAAAUUUAUCUUCUCGUUAGGCCUAAGAAAGGGACUAAACCAAUGGACAGGGUAAAAAGAGAAAUUCUCCAAAGUCCUUGUUUUGACGUUGUUAGGAAAAUGCCACAAUAUGAUGAGAUAAUCAAUAGCAAGAUUUUCCCAAUCGAAGGUGAUAUUACUAAAGAUAAUUUAGCACUUUCCUAGUCGGAUAGGCAAACUUUAAUAAAUGAACUAGAUGUCGUCAUUAAUUGUGCUGCAUCAGUAGAUUUUAAUGAAAGAUUAUGUGACGCACUACAAAUCAAUUAUUUUGGAUGUCACAGAAUGUAUGAAUUGGCCAGUUAAUGCAAAAAUUUAGCUGUUUUUACUCAUGUAUCUACAUGCUAUACCAACUGUGAGAAAAGGGGUUUUAUUAAAGAGUAGAUAUAUGAUAUUGGAAAAGAUCCAGAAUAAGUUAUUGAUGAUAUUUUAAGGAUGACUCCAUAGUUAUAGGACUAGAAUUUAUAGUAAAUACUAGGAGAAUGGCCAAAUACCUACACAUUUACCAAAUCUAUGGCAGAGAGAACACUUUAAAAAAUCAGAAGACCAGAUAUACCAGUUGUUAUUUUGAGACCAUCAAUUAUAGGAGGAUCAUUAAGCGAGCCACUUGUUGGUUGGACUGAUACGUUUUCGGCAGCCGGAGGAUUAUCAGUAGCAGUUGGACUAGGACUUGUCAACUUUAUCAAAGGGCAUAAAAAUAAUAUAAGUGAUAUUGUUCCAGUUGAUAUUGUUUCAAAUGCAAUAAUAGUGUCAACUGCUCUGGGAUCUAAGAGACAGGAACUUAAAGUCGUUCAUUGCGGUACUAGUCACCUUAAUCCUAUUACAUGGGGCUAAUAUAUGGAAUUUGGAUUUUAGCAUAUUGCAUAUGAACCGCUUAAACAACAAGUCUUUAAGCCAUCAGUGAAGUUUGUUCCUGAUUCAAGAUAGUUUUAAACCUACUUUUACCUGAAAAAUGAGUUGCCUUCAAAGAUUUACAAGAAAAUUGCACAGAUCCCAGGCAUUGGUGGCCAACAAAUGCUAAAAGAUGCUACAAAGCUAGAAAAAAUCAAUAACCGUUCUAAAAUUAUGGGUGAAAUGUUCGAGCAUUUCACUCUGAAUGAAUGGAUAUAUGAGUCUAAUUAGAUUGUGCUAAUGUUAUCUGAAAUGACUGAAUCUGAUAAAGUGGAAUUCAAUAUAGACCCCAAAACUAUUAAUUGGGGUUUCUAUGUUAGAGCCUAUAUUCAUGGAAUGCAAAAUUACAUUUUAAAUGAGGAUGUAAUCAACCCAUCUUAACAUAAAGCACCUCUCAUUCCAAAAAAUUAAUUCACAUACUUCGAGGAUCUUAAAUUUGCAUUACUAAAAAAUCCCACUCUAACUCAUUCAGACCCAAUCAGACUCAGACAUGAAACCUUAUAAAGUGAUCAUGUUUAAGACUGCAUUCAUUAGUAGCUUUAGGCCAACAAGCAAAAAUUGAAUUCUCUAAACUUUAAGACAGUUACAUAUGAUAGAUUAAUGAAAUAAGCCAGCAAAUAUCUGAAUGAAAUGCAAGCAAUAAUUAGACCAACAGCUGUAAGGCCAAUGCUCUGGUUAGUAAGCAAGAUAUGGCAAAGAAUAUAUGAUCAAAUAAUCGUGAAUGAAUAAGGACUUGAAGGUCUAAGAUAGCUUAUGUAGCAGAAAGAUUAAGGAAUUAUUCUUGUUCCAACUCAUAAAUCAUAUAUUGAUUUCUUGCUUGUAGCUUAUAUUCACUAUCACUUUAAGCUAGAUUUACCAUUUACUUGUGGGGAUGAGGCUUUUUAUGGAGUGGCUGUGGCCAAAUUCUUCCUUUAAUCUGGUGGAGGGUUUUUCUCUAAUAACAAAUUCAAGGAAGAUAAGCUAUUUCAAUCAGUGAUGUCUGGAUAUAUCUAGGCUUUAAUGAAUUAAAAUAGUCUAAUACAAAUAUUUAUGGAAAAAAAUAGAAGCAGAAGCGGCAAAAUUUAAAGACCAAGCGAGGAACUUUUUGGAUAAAUACUCUCCACUUAUUUUUAAGGAAAGCAGAAUUAAAAUAGAGUUAAAGACCUUAAGUUUGUUCCAGUCACAAUCAACUAUGAUAUUGUAUACGAAGGAGAAUAGUUUCCACUUGAACUUCUAGGGGAAUCAAAGACACCUGAGUCUUUUGCAAGAGUUAUCAAAUAUUUCUCAAACCUAAAUAAAAAUAUUGGCAAAGUUGUUGUGAAGUAUUGUGAACCAGUUUCACUUGAGGCAUAUACUAAUUGCUAUUUAAAAAAUAAUAAAAUUGAGAAGUCAACCUUGAUUGCUGAUAAAAAUUGCUUUAACAACUUCGUGGAUAAUUUUGGAAAAACUUUAUGUUAAACUCAAACUGAUAACCUAGUCAUUAUGGUUACAUCUCUUACGGCCUCUAUUUUGCUAAUGCACAGAAAAGGUAUAAGCUAUGAUUAGCUCCUAAAUAAAAUUGAUUGGCUUUUCAAAGAAAUUUAAGCAAGAAAUGCGGAGUUAUCAUUUAAUAGUUCUCCAUCAAGUGCAAUGAUAUCUACCUCUUCAUUAAGAUAUCUGGGAAAAUUCAUAGAUCAAAAGAGAAACAUUUUUGAGCCUUCAGUACUAGCAAAGAAAGACUUCAAGAAUUUACUGAUGCUGGCUUACUACAAAAAUAAUUUAAUCCACCUUUUUAUCAAUGACUCUGAGAUUGCUUGCUGCAUUCUAGGAUAUGGUUCUAUACUAGAUCUUUAAAAAGACUAUAUUAAGAUUGAAGAGCUUUAGACAAGAUACAGGUAUCUGUAGGAUCUUUUAUCAGAGGAAUUUGUAAUCAGAAAGACGAACAAGACAAAGGAUAACUUUUUGAAGAAUUUAGAGUUUAUGGAAUCCAGAGGGUUCUUCCAAUACGAUAAACUCAAUCAGACACUUAAAGUUGAUAUUAAUAAUGAUUAGCAGUAAUACGGACACGCAUAUCUGUGUCAUUUGCUUUUGCCUUAUAUUGAAUCAUAUUGGUUGACCCUAGUUUAUUUCUUAACAGUUGACAAUAAAAAAUCUUAGAUUGAUGAAGAGCAGCUUUAUAACAAAAUCUAAUGGUUAGCAGAAGCUCUUUUUGAUUAAGGACUUCUCAAGUUCUUUGAAUCUUGUAUGCUAGAGUCAUUGAGAAACGCAAUCAAGAAGUACACAUAAAUGGGAGUUCUAUCCUAGAAGAUAAUAACUAAGAAAAAAGAAUCAUAAGUAUUCUACUCAUUAAGUGAGGAAUUCUAGGAUUAGGCUAAAAUAGACGAAGCCUAUGAAAAGCUGAUAUUUUACAUGCCUUAUCCCCCUCAAGUGAACUUGCCUAAAAUUCAGUUGGAAAUUAAGAAAAUCAUGAUGUCAGACAUCUAACUAAUGCCCAAGCUUUGA